CUCGGUAGUGCGGUGAUGAUGGCGAGAGCACGGAGGUGGUAUCGAGGGCGCUCCGAGAGUUAGGGCAGAGGAGGAUUAUAUAGUCUCGAUAAUAUGCUCGAUAAUGCGCACGAGAAUCCAAAAUGCUGUCGGCGGCGCGCGGAAGGUUCGAUCGAGGAUAUACUUUGAGGCGAAUUGAGUGGACUGCGCUUCAAAUGCGAUGCGCCCGGGGAAAUGCAGAUAGAUAGCAGCGGAUGGAGACGUGGCGCGGCACAAGAUGCGAAAGAAAAUGUCGCGAGAGAAGUUUGUCGGCGAGUGGAAGCGGCGAGGGCGGCGAAAAAGGUUCAGGGCGAGGGCGAGGGCGAGGAUGAGGAGGGAAGCGAGGAUGAGGUUGAUGAUGCGUCCAAGUUGGCCCAAAGUUUGGCGGUUUGGGCGGGUUUAGUGAGGCAGCGGCACGGACGCAGGUGCAGUUCGCAUAUUUUCUCCUCUGUCCGGGGCUUGGCCUUUGGGGCCUUUUGGGGCCUUUUUUGGGGGGUGGGAGCCGCAGUUGCAGCCGGGAAAGGUGGGGAGAGGCGGCGUCUUCUUGAGGGAAAAGGGUUUUACAGUAGAGAGUAUGUACUCCGUCGAGAGUGGAGGAUACAAGUUAACUCAACUGGAACUCUGCUGGGAGAGGAGAAAAGUAGUUGGGUAGAAUGGGGGCGCUUUUUCGGACCUGCUUCCAGGGAGGCUUUUUCUCAUUGGCGCUGGGGCUGGUGCGCUAGUUUGCAUUGGACCAAAUGGGGGGGUGACGGAUUGUUUUGGAGGGUUGGAGGGCUCAACUAGAAUUUUAGUUGGGUUUAGGUUGGCGAUGUCGACACGCUGGACUUGAGGAGGUACUCGUACUCGUACAGUUAUGAUGUAUUGAUGGAUCCAAAGGGAG